UAAAAUGUUAAAAUUGAUUUUUCUUCUCUUGAGUUUCGCUGCGGUAAAAAUUAACACCCGACCUUUUUUUACAAGUUUUUUCUCUAGUUUUCAGGGAAGCAAAUUAUUUGAAAUAGUUGAGUAUAAAAUAUUUUAUUAUUAGACAUAGAUUUGUCAAGUUGUUAUAGGCCACAGCAAAAUUUAUAGAAUUUUUAUUAUAAGUUUCAAUUGAACAAGUAAGCCAAUCAUUUCUUGAUUAUCAAAUGCCUAUGCAAAUGCAAUUGUUCUAAUCUAAUUACAAUCAACGAGAAAAAAACAUGAACACCUCAGAAUUGCAAUUUGUUCAAGAAACUGAUAGGUACUAGUUAAUUACAAGCCAAGAUCAUAUUUUCAUACAUAAGCAUGGAUUUGGGGACAGAUAGUGAUACAGAUAGUCAGGAAUAUAGGAUUACGCACGAGACCAAGCGCUUAAGGCAUGUUUUUGAGCCCUAUUUCAAAAAGAUAUUUACUUCUAAUGGGUUCAUCAAGCAUAUGAAUCAGAGAUGUGGUGGUAUCAAUGACAGCACAAGUUACAUUUUGCUAUGCGAAGCUAUAAAAAGAAAUGAUAAUAGAAAUGCCAUGGCUCUUCUUAGGCACUACUGUAAAGCCAACAUGGGUAGUCCUGAUCCAAGCAAGGAUAUUCCACUGCAGUUAGCCACUUUAGCAGGCAAUGUUGAGAUUGUUGAAAUGCUACUGAACAAAGGAGCAAGAGUAAACAUUAGUUUCCAAGAUCAAAAGGAACCGCUACAUUUGAUCUGCGACACAGGAAGUACAUCGAUUCCUGAUGAGAUAUCCAGAAUAGCUAUAGCAAAAUUACUUAUAAAACACGGAGCCAAUGUUAAUGCCGUUGAAAAGACCAACAAGGAUACUCCACUGAUUUUAGCUGUAAAAAGCAAGUUUUUGGAGCUGACUAAAUUCUUACUCAACAAUGGGAGUGACAGGCACUAUGCAAACAAAUACUCAGAAACUGCAUUUCAUGCUGCUUUCUCAGAAAAUGCGGGAAUUGAGAUGAUAGAAUUACUCUAUGAUAAGAAAUUUGAUUUGUAUAAAGUAGAUGACAAUGAAUGUACAGUAUUUUCGUAUGCAGUAAGGAACCUAAUGAAUUCUGGAUUUGGUUCAUUCUGUAGUUUGAAUGAACCAUUGAAGCCUAUACUAUUUUUAUUGAAACGAGGGGUUUCGGUGAACAGUGUCUUGGAUAAAAGGGGAAAUAAAAUACUGCACAUGAUUUGCCAGAAUCAUGCAGUGCAGACUAUGAAAAUUUUUCUAGAUCAUGGUGCACAAGUUAACAUUAGGAAUGUGGAAGGUAAGACACCUCUCCACUUCUGUGCUGAAAAUCAGUCCUUAAGUUUUAUCGAAUUGCUCAUCAGUUAUGGAGCUGAUGUUAAUAUUUUGACCAACAACGGGCAGUCUGUUAUUCACUUUGCAGCCGCAAACAAGCAUUACAAAGUACUAGAGUCACUUCUAAAGCAUGGGCUAAACGUGAAUGCCAAGGGUAAAGAUGGUAAUUUCACACCCCUUUUUAAUGCAGUUUGGAGCAAUCGUUAUGAGAAUGUCAAGUUGCUUCUUGACUGGCAGGCUAAUGUCAACGAAAGAAUAAUUAACAGCCAGAUUGUACUGCAUGUUGCUGUUGAUCAGAAGCAUGCGGAUAUAGUCAAUAUUCUUCUUGAACAUGGUUCAGAUAUUAAUGUGCUAGAUGAUUAUGGCAAUACUGCUCUUACCAUAUCUUUGUAUCAAGUAGCUGAAACUAUGAAUUCAGAUUGGUCCGAUGAUGACAUGAAUGUAAUGAGGCCAGCUGAAUCUGUACAGCGAGUAUUGACUAAGCAUGCAGCUAAAUUGCUUCUCUCAGGCCUUUUCAUAAGUGAUCAAAGUCUGCGAAUAAUGAACAAUUCACAUUUUAAGGACUUUUUUGAAGACUGUGUCAGCGAGUUGACUCUGAUGAAAGACACGGAAAUAAUAGAGGGCGUUACGUUUUUCGAUGCUUUGACAAAACAUAAGAGCAAGCUACUUUCGUUUAUGUGCAAUGAUAAUUUUAUAAAUGCUUUCAACGAUAGCAAGUACAAGGAGAAAUUUCCGAUUUACUGUGAUAACGUGGAACAGUAUGUUGAAGCAGCUAAAGUGAGAUUAAAUUUGUUAAAAAUAUCUUCGGAAAAUCUUGUUAGAAUUGUCCAGAAUGUGGAUAUGUCUUGGAUAGAUGUUCAUCUUCCAUCUCUGGUAAUAGAGCAGAUAUUAAGCUAUCUAAAUACAACAGAUUUAAAGAAUAUGUCGUUAAUUUAUAGCUUGGAUAGUUAGCAGGCGAUAUGAAUACGUCUUGUGAUAAUAUCAAUCUCCUUUAUUACAUGCAAUAAUGAUAAAUAUAUUUUUUAUUUCAAUAUAUUUUCUUAAAUGCUUGUACUAUCCUUUACUGUGUACUAAGAAUCUAUGCAUACUCAAAUAUAAAGAAGAAGUUAUAAUCACGAAGAUGAUUUAUAAAUAAAAAUACUAUUUUGUCAAUUAUUAGAAGUUCAAAGAUACAAUUAUUUUAAUCAUUAAUUGUAAAAGUUCAUUAAUUUAUAAGCUGCGCAAGAACGAAAUUUAUUUACUGUAAGGCAGUGAUAUUUUUAAAUAAUUUGUAAAAAUGUAACCACAUGUUAUUCUUGAAGAAGUUUAAAUAUCUUAUUUUUGUUAACCAGAAGAGAAAUAAAAUUAUUGUUGCUACAAGAAA